AUGCUUGCAGCCGACGCGGAGGGUACGGCCCCCCAUCGGCUGGUCCUGGAUUUCGUCCCGGUUUCGCUGUCAGCGUACGAGGCUGCCGCCCGACCUCCGAAGCCGGUCUUGCGAGCCAAACCAGCCGCUCCGGCCGGGCCCGUGCCGUUGCCGAGGCUGAAACCUGCGCCGAAGCCCGUGCGCCAUCUGAUCGCGAUCGACGCCGGCCACGGCGGCCGCGACCCCGGUGCGAUAGCUACGAAUGGCUUGAGGGAGAAGACGCUGGCGCUGGCCUUUGCCCGCGAGCUUCGGACCGUUCUCGUAGAGUCCGGCAGAUACCAGGUGGUGAUGACCCGCGACGGCGACCGCAAGAUCCGACUGAAGCGGCGGGUCGUCAUCGCCCGCAAUGCCGGUGCCGAUCUCUUCCUCUCCAUCCAUCUCGACCGUUUGGAGAACCGCGACGUGCGCGGUGCAUCGGUCUACACGCUCUCCGACGAGGCGUCCGACGUGGAGACUGCCGAACUGGCGGCACGCGAGAACAAGGCCGAUAUCGUUGCCGACGUCGAUCUUACCGAUGGUUACGACGAAGACGUGGCCAAGGUGCUGAUCUCGCUGGUCCAGCAGAACACGAUGAACUGCUCGGCAGCGCUCGCGGCAACGCUGUUGCCGGAGCUCGAGCGCGUAGCGCCGCUUAUCAGGCGCCCGCACCGGUUCGGCGAUUUCCGCGUUCUCAAGGCGCCGGACAUCCCUUCGGUGCUGGUCGAGCUCGGAUUCCUCUCGAACGACCAGGAUGCGGAGCGGCUGACGAGCAAGACCCACCGGCGCGCGCUGGCCGGCGCGAUCCUGAACGCGCUCGACACGUAUUUUCGCGAGCCCUGCUAA